AUGCAUAAUUUCUCUCUACAAUUCCUGGCGGAUAGACAUACAAAGGGUGCAAAUUGCCAUAGUGCAACAGGCGCAAAUAAACUACGAUGGACACGUGCACAUUUGUUGAUUCUAUUGGUUUGCGAUUUACUCGAGGUCUCUUUGUGUGCAAGUGUGGCAGGAACCAAAGCUGAACACGAAGGGUUUUGUCCUAACAAGCUGAACUCCAAUCUUUGGGUUGAUGCACAAAGCACGUGUGAGAGGGAAUGCAACAUCGAUGAGGACUGUGCUGACUUUGAGAAGUGCUGCACAAAUGUGUGUGGCUUCAACAGCUGUGUUGCUGCUCGGUUCUCUGAUGGCACCCCUGCUCAGCCACAUGAACAGGGUGCAGGGAAGGGUGAUGCUGCCUCUGCUUCCACAGCUACCUGUGAGGGCUUUAUCUGCAGCCAGCAGGGAGCAACCUGUGACAUCUGGGAUGGACAGCCCAUCUGUAAGUGCCAGGACCGGUGUGAGAAGGAGCCCAACUUCACCUGUGCAUCAGAUGGCCUCACCUAUUUCAACCGCUGCUACAUGGACGCAGAAGCCUGCAUCCGGGGGGUGACACUAACUGUGGUCCCCUGCCGAUUCUAUCUUGCUGGCCCCCCCACCAGUCCGCUGCCUCAAGACACUACAGUUCACCCCACCCCAACAUCCUCCCAGGAGGACCCUAUGCCUCCCACACUGUACUCCAACCCUCACCACCAAUCCAUCUAUGUUGGAGGCACAGUCAACUUCCACUGCGACGUUAUUGGAGUCCCCAGACCUGAUGUAACAUGGGAAAAGCAAAGUGACCGGCGUGAACGCCUGGUCAUGAGGCCUGAUCAGAUGUAUGGAAAUGUGGUGAUCACUAACAUUGGACAGCUAGUGAUUUACAAUGCCCAGGUGUGGGAUACCGGCAUCUACACCUGUAUUGCACGGAAUUCUGCGGGAGUUCUUCGUGCAGACUAUCCUCUGUCUGUAAUUCGUCGGUCAGAUGACGACUUCUCUGAAGAUCCCGAGAUGCCCAUGGGACGGCCAUUCUCACCAGCAGACUGCCUGGCAGAAGUCGACCUGAGAGUUUGCAGUAGAGAGCGUCAUGUUGACUGGUAUUAUGACAGCAAGUUGGGCUCCUGCGUGACCUUUAGCAGUGGUGGAUGCGAUGACAGCCGCAACCGAUUCGAGACUUACGAAGAGUGCAAGGCCUCUUGCCAGAGAGAGGACAUGGGGAUCUGCUCUCUGCCUGCUGUUCAAGGUCCCUGCAAAGCUUGGGAGGCGCGUUGGUCCUGGAAUUCCUUAAUGAAACAGUGCCAAGCCUUUGCCUAUGGUGGCUGCCAUGGAAAUGCCAACAACUUCCACACCAAAAAGGACUGUGAGGCCAACUGCCCACAGCCCAAAAGGAAACCUUGCAAGACCUGUCGAGUGAAGGGGAAAAUGGUGCCCAGCUUGUGCCGCAGUGACUUUGCUAUUGUGGGCCGGCUGACAGAGUUAGUUGAGGAUCUGGACUCUGGGUUAGCCCGCUUUAGCUUGGAAGAAGUCUUGAGAGAUGAAAAGAUGGGCUUAACUUUCUUCAAUACCAAACACUUGGAGGUGACUAUUGCCAAGAUAGACUGGAGCUGUCCCUGCCCCAACAUCACUAUGGAGGAAAACCCUUUGCUGGUGAUGGGUGUGGUGCAGGAUGGCAUUGCCAUCAUCCACUCAGACAGCUAUGUCAGAGCCAUAAAUGAACGCAGACUCAAAAAGCUGCGUGAUGCUCUGGAUAAAAAGACCUGCGACGCCUUAUGAAAGCAUCACUUAGACUUGUUUUGCCACAGAAGGGUUGUAGUCACAUCUGUGUUUUCAUAAUGAAGACAAACAUCAGAAUUGCAACAGAAAAGCUGAUAUUUAAUAACUAUUUAUCAAAACAGAAUAGAACAAGUUAAAUACUGCAUGCUAAUGUAGGUAUGAGAUCUUUUUUAUUCCAACACAGGUAUAAUAACAUUCCAGGUGUGUUGAUUCCCAUCCUA